AUGGAAAGUGAGGACACAAAGAAAAUACAAGAAAUGAAGACUGACUUGAACUUAUUAUUGGAGUGUCUGAAGUAUCAAAUGGACAAUGCUUUUUCACAAAAGGAAGCUCUGGUCACUAUUCAUUCAAUUUGUCAACAAAACAGUAACGCAGGUGUUUAUUUUCGGGAAAUUGGUGGUUUGAUGUUUGUAAAAAAUCUUGCAAAGUCAAGUGAACAUAGCAUGGUAAAAGAAGCAGCCUUAUAUACACUAGGAGCUGUUGCAGAACAAAAUGUUUAUUGUCAGCAGACUUUGUGCACUUCAGAAUUGUUUGAAGACUUAACUUGGUUCUUAUCUGAUAAUGAUUCAAACACAAAUUUGAAAAGAAUGUCUGUCUAUGUUAUUUUGGUUCUUGUUUCAAAUAAUAGGAUUGGACAGACCCUUGUGAGAGAAACAGGAUGUAUUUCAGUUCUGUCACAUUUGUUCAGGACAGUUCUUUCAAAAUAUGAGUUGAAUUUGUCAGAUAAAAAUGUUUUCCAGAAUUAUCAGUUGUGGUCUUCAGUGUGUAGUACUCUUUGUGUCUGUGUCAACAAUCCUCAAAAUGAUGAAAAUCAAAUGCUUUGCUGUUCACUUUUUCCACAUGCUAAUGACUGGCUAAUAAAUUGCAUGCAACCUGAGAUAAUUCGCCCUAUUUGCUCAUUUAUUGGACUCACUCUUGCAAAUAACACAUAUAUUCAGAAAUACUUUAUAUCUGUGGGUGGACUGGAUGUAUUAUCUCAAGUUCUUGUACAACUGGAAUCUGAUUCACACGAGACUCUUUCCAGUGCUAAGCUUGCAGUGGUGGUGACAAAGACAGUGGAUGCAUGUAUUGCUGAUAAUCCUACUUUUGGAGCAGUACUAUCCAAGUACCACAUUGUUUCAAAACUUCUGGCAUUACUGCUUCAUGAAAGUCUGGAUUCAGGAGAAAAAUUUAGCAUCAUACUUACUCUUGGUCAUUGUACAGAGGAUUGUGAGGAAAAUCAGUAUGACCUUUUUAAAAACAAUGGGCUUCCACUCAUGAUACAAGCCUUAACUGAAUCUCAGAAUGAGGAACUAAACAAAGCUGCCACUUUUGUGCUUCACAACUGCAAAAAAAUUACUGAGAAAUUAUCUCUAAGUCUAGGAGAAUAUUCUUUUGAUGAAAAUGAAGUAGAGCGAUUAAAGGACAUCAAUAUGAAAGAGAAGAAUCUUGAAGAGUACUGGAAGAAAGCAAAAGAAAUUCUGCACAGAAUAGAACAGCUUGAAAGAGAAGGAAAUGAGGAAAAAAUACAAACAGAAAAAUAUGAGGAUACUUUUUCAUCUGUGAACAUAAAUAUUCAAAAUACAUUUAAACACCUCCAUGCAGAUAGCAGUGGUGGAGUUCCCAAAGCAGAAGAUAAGGAUAAAAGCCAGUCUAGAAGGCUUCAGAGCCAUAAGUCCCAUGAAGCUAUGUCUAAAGCGUGUACAAAUGAUGACCAAAUGAAGACUCUAUUAAAGAGUGCAAAUCCAGUUAACUCUUGUUAUAGAGAAAGUGGGCAAAAUAAGACUGUAUGUAAAACCAAUUCAAGCAGCAAUCAAAACGUAUGUGAAGAAACAACUUUUGAAAAAAAGAAUUUUGUUUCUCAAUCAAGUGACCAUGUUUUUAAACAUCCAACUCCUACUGCCAAAAACACAAAGCAGCAGUUACCGGUAACAGAUCCAUUUACAUUAUGCUCAGAUAUAAUAAAUAAAGAAGUCAUCAAUUUUCUAGCAACUGACAACUGUUCCAAAAUGUUGAAAUAUAGAUGCUCAGGUUGCAUAGCAGUAGGAAAAUCCUUGAAUAGCCGAAAUUUUAGCAAGCUCUUGCACUCUUGUCCAUACCAGUGUGAUCGUCACAAAGUCAUUGUGGAAGCUGAAGACACAUAUAAAAGUGAACUAAGGAAAUCACUUAUCUGUAACAAAAAAAUACUGCUGACUCCACGUAGAAGACAACAGCUCAGUAAUGAAUCUACUGCCCCUGGAGGAAUAAAAAAAAGAAGAAUUCGUAAAAACUUUACUGAAGAAGAAGUAAAUUACCUUUUCAAUGGAGUUAAGAAAAUGGGAAAUCACUGGAACUUAAUUUUGUGGUCUUUCCCCUUUCAGCAAGGACGGAAGGCUGUGGACCUUGCUCACAAAUACCACAAGCUGAUCAAACGCCCCAAGUGUGCGGCAACUUGAUUGGAAGAAGGCUUGUCAGUUUUUAGUUUGAUCUCUUAAAAUACAGUGUCUUGAAAAUACAAAAUUUAAAAUAUUCUAAACUCUCAUGAGACAGGAAAUGUGGCAAUGGUGAUACUGUUAUAAGUAAAUACU